AUGAUUGAAAAAGACAAAAUUAUACCGGCUUUCGCUGAACUUAGUGAAUUUGCCAGUUUAAGUGCUGGAGGCAAAGUUCUUUUCUCAACGGACGAUUUCUUCGCAACGUGCGAGAACAUGUUGUCAGAUUCUGAACCAGUGUUCAUAGAGGAUAAGUAUACAGAGUUUGGGAAAUGGAUGGAUGGAUGGGAAACCAGGCGGAAAAGGAUUGCUGGUCAUGAUUGGUGCAUAUUAAAGCUAGCAACAAAAUGCGUUAUACGUGGUCUGCUGGUUGAUACUGCGUUUUUCACAGGAAAUUAUGCACCUAAAUAUUCUAUACAAGCGGCUUGCUUGACUCCUGAAGAAGAAGCAUUAUUGCCGGGAAGGGACACGCAAAUGGGGUCGGCGUGCAGCAAAUGUGACUUGAAACGGGUGGAACAGCUUAACUCUGACAAAUGGGAGGAGAUUGUCCCCAUAACGGCCCUGCGACCCGGCUACGAGGAAUCCAGAAUGAACUAUCAGAAAGUACUUUCCGACGAAGCCUGGACCCAUAUAAGGGUGAACAUUUACCCGGAUGGUGGUAUCGCGAGACUGCGAGUGUAUGGUGAAGCAAAACCGGAGUUUCCACCCAGUGAUCAAAUCGUUGAUCUGGCCUGUAUGUUGUCAGGAACUACAUGCUUAGGUUACUCAAACGCACACUACGGUCAUCCACGAAAUAUAAUAAAGCCUAGUAAAGGAGAAGCAAUGUAUGAUGGAUGGGAAACAGCUAGACGCUUAGAUAGACCUGAAGUACUUGAAACUACAGAAGAUGGCACUUUAAAAGUAACAGGAGAAGAAUGGGCAGUUUUUAAAUUAGGCUCGUGCGGUCGAAUAAAGAAGAUUUGUGUGGACACAGCACAUUUUAAAGGCAAUUUUCCAGACUCCAUAAAAGUUGAAGGAGCUCUGUUGGAUAAGGAAUGGUCGCAAGCCAAGCCUAUUGUUUGGUACAACAUUUUGAAACCCAGCAAGCUGUCAGCACAUAAAGAGCAUUGGUUUGGGUGCAAUUCAGAUGUAAUAUCUCACUUAAGAGUCACCAUAGCACCUGAUGGAGGUAUCAGCCGAAUAAGGACUUUUGGCCUCCUUGAAAAGAUCGUCAUU